AUGAAGUACACUGGUGUCGCCGCUAUGGGCUUGAUGGGCUGUGCCCUCGCCCUGCCUCAGGGUCCUCCUCCGGCCUCCGGCCUGCCUGCUCCAUCAGGCGCUUUCCCAUCAGGCCCUUUCCCAUCGGGCCCUACCCCUUCCGGCUUCCCGACUCCCUCUAGCAGCCUCGAGGCACGUCAAUUCGGCUUCCCUACCGGCGUGCCCUCUGGAACUCCCUCUGGAACUCCCUCUGGCACUCCCUCCAGUACCCCCUCCGGCUUCCCGACUCCCUCUAGCAGCCUCGAGGCACUACCCCCCUCCGGCUUCCCCAUUCCUACCGGUUUCCCAACUGGCUUCCCUGGCGAGAAGCGUCAGUUCGGUGAGCCCUCCGGCUUCCCUACCAGCUUCCCUACCAGCUUUUCUACUCCCUCGGGAACUCCCCCCCAGUGGAUUCCCUACCGGAGUCCCUCCCUUCCCCACUCCCCGCGUUUAAAUGAUUGCACAGUAUCUGGUAUCUGUGCACACGCCGGACGGAGAUCGCGGGAAUGGACGCGGGAACUGCAGCUGAACGCGUUUUAUGAGAAGGAUCCAUAG